AUGACUGAGCAAGCCGAAGUAUUAUCACAUGUCUCCAGAAGUCGAGCGGCUGGCAUCAUUGCUUGUAUCACCUGUAUCACAGGCAUUGGAAACUUACUGGCGGGACUCUUGACCGUAGGGAUUCCGGUGAUCGCACCCGACUUAGGCAUCCCCCCGGCACAGCAACUUUGGCCGACCGCUGCAUUUGCUCUUGCAUGUGGCUGCACGCUACUGCCAUGUGGUGCUGUUGCUGAUAUACUUGGCUCUCGUCGUGUUAGUCUACUUGGUGGGCUGCUUCAGACUGCUAGCGCUCUGGGCGCUGGCCUAGCCGCUACCCCAGUACAGCUUAUUUCGCUACGAGCUACGGCAGGUCUCGCUGCAUCUUUCUGUCUACCGGGUGCUGUUGGAGUCGCUUCACAUGUAUUUCCUAUCGCCAGUAGCCCUCGCCGUCGCAGCAUCGCCUUUGCAGCCAUGGGAGGCGGCCAAGCUGUAGGGUUUGGGCUGGGAUUGGUUUUAGGGGGCAUGUUCUCAGACACCAUCGGUUGGCGAUGGGGCUUCUAUGUCACCGCAAUUCUCAACGGUGCGGUUUUGACGCUCGCGCUGUGGGCGUUGCCACAAAGUGUCGAUGGUGGUCCCGUAGAUCAAGGAUCGUUCUCACGCCUCGCUCAUGAGGUUGACUGGAUUGGUGCGUUGCUCAUCAGCACCUGCCUCACCCUUCUCUCAUAUGAGCUGGCUGUGGCUACUGGAUCAAACGCAGAGAGAAGUAUACAUCAACCAUUACACAUCGCCAUUCUGCGCGCGGCAGUGAUCCUCUUACCCAUUUUCGGUCUGUGGAUGCGCCGACAGGCUCGCCUCGGUCGCCCAACACUGAUUCCGAAUUCCAUGUGGGCCAACUUGCCAUUUACAGCUACCUGUAUUACUGUUUUCUUGGUAUGGGGGACCCUGAAUGCCAGCGAACAGCUAACUGCCUUAUACCUACAAGACAUCCGUGGCACCUCCGCUCUUACCUCAUCCUUGUACUUUUUGCCCGCACCAGUUUGUGGCCUCUUGACGAACAUUGCUAUCGGCGGCCUCCUCCCUUAUUUAAGGCCUUCAUUUGCUGUACCUGCGGGUUGUCUUGUUAGCGGUAUUGCACCAUUACUUCUGGCUACCCUAUGUCAUCUUGACGGGCCCGGGUAUUGGCAUGGUAUCUUUCAAGCCAUGGCUCUUAAUCCACUGGGCGCGGAUCUAAUGUAUACUAUUGCGAACCUGGUGAUGACAGCUGCGUUCCCAAACAAGACACAAGCCCUAGCGGGCAGCGUCUUCAAUAUGCUUGCUCAGAUUGGGAAGAGUGUCGGUAUCACGACCUCUGCGUUAAUUGCUCGGCAGAUAACAACACAUGCAGAUGGGAUUGGCUCAAAGGAGGCGCUGUUACUUGGUUAUCGAGGCGGCUGGUGGUAUAAUUGCGCAUUGAGCUUCCUCUCUAUGGUUAUCAGCUUCUGGGGGUUAAAAGGUCUAGGGAAGCUCGAGAUCAAAAGGGACUAA